AAGCCUGAUGAAGACAGCUUAUAUAUACUCUGACUCUAAAACUCCAUGACUACUUUCUGGCAAUUACUAUACCAUCGAGGUAAGUCUGCUUUCUCUUUUCAUAUUGGUUGUUACGUGUUGUAUUUUUCGUAUAUGAUUUAAAACAUAAUUGACUAUGUUGCAGUUUAGCAAGUUAUCAUUGGGGUUACUGAUUAUUUUAACAUUAGUUCAUCCUAAUCAUUUAAUACAACAGACAGCUAGAAUUGUUUGCUAUUUCAGCAAUUGGGCAAUUUAUAGACCUGGAAUUGGUAGUUACGGCAUCGCUAAUAUCCGCGGUGACCUUUGUACUCAUAUAAUUUAUUCAUUCAUCGGUAUAAGUAACAUUACUUGGGAAUAUUUCAUCUUAGAUCCUGAAAUUGACGUGAAACAAAAUGGAUUUUUCAAUUUUGUCGGCUUGAAGAAAAAGUUCCCGGGCUUGCAAACAGCGAUCGCUAUUGGUGGAUGGGGUGAAGGUGGGAGGAAAUACAGUGCUCUGGUUAGUAAUAAAGAGCGACGUGACGUAUUUAUUCGAAGUAUAAUUGAAUUUAUGCAUAAAUAUGGAUUUGAUGGAUUCGACUUAGAUUGGGAAUAUCCUGGUGCAACUGAUCGAGGUGGUAAAUAUUUGGAUAAGAAUAAUUUCAUCUAUUUCGUCGAAGAGCUCCGACGAGCAUUUGAUAAGGAACAAAAAAAUUGGGAAAUUACCAUGGCGGUACCAAUAGCUAAAUUUCGACUUGCUGAAGGGUACCAUGUUCCAGAACUUUGUGGUUAUUUAGAUGCAAUUCAUGCUAUGGCAUACGAUUUGCGAGGGAAUUGGGUUGGAUUUGCAGAUGUCCAUAGUCCAUUGUAUAAGCGUCGGCAUGAUCAAUAUGCUUACGAAAAGCUGAAUGUUAAUGAUGGUUUACAACUAUGGGUUGACUCAGGAUGUCCUCCGAACAAACUGGUCGUUGGUAUUCCUUUCUAUGGUCGUAGUUAUACGCUGAGUGUCAGUAACAGUAACUAUGAUCUGGGAACUUAUGUCAACAAGGAAGCAGGAGGUGGAAUUGCUGGGAAAUAUACAGCUGCGAGAGGUUUCUUAGCUUAUUACGAGAUUUGUUCUAUGAUUCAAGGUUCAGAAAAAUGGGUAAGUAAAUGGGAUGAUGAUGGAAAAGUGCCUUAUGCUUAUAAAGGUACACAAUGGGUAGGGUAUGAAGAUCCCGAAAGCGUUGAAAUAAAAGUAAAUUGGAUCAAAUCUAAAGGAUAUGCUGGUGCUAUGGUUUGGGCUAUUGAUAUGGAUGAUUUUCACGGAAUUUGUGGGGAAAAAGAUGCAUUAAUAAGAAAAAUUUCUUCUAUCAUAAGAAACUAUCAAGUUCCCAAACCCGUCAUCAAUACUACACCAAGACCUGAAUGGGAUAAACCUCCAAGUACAACCUCUGUGAUUGAAGACAACACUUCUCCUGCAUCUCCGGUGAGAAAUAAACUAACAAGUUCAACCAAUGUUAAUGAUAAAUUAACGACCUUGCCCAAUGAAAUUCAUAAAUCAACGAUUGGAAGUGCUCAGUCUGAAAAAAAUAAUGUACAAUGUACCAGUUCUCAUGAUUACUUACCAUCUGAAAAUUGUAAUUCGUACUAUCGUUGCAUUUACGGAAAACCUCUCAAGUUUCGAUGUCAUGAUAAGUUGAUUUACAACCCAAAAAAGUUAAGGUGCGAGCAAUCAAUGAAUGUCAAUCCCGUGGACUGCAGAGGUUAAUAAGAUGUCGGGGACAAUUUUUUCAUGCCUAUCAAACAACUACUGCCCAGUAAACAAAAACAUUCAAUUUCAUUAGAAAUUGAUAUAAAUGUUAAUAUUAUCUCUAGAAAAAAUCACAAUUGGAUGACACAUAAAAUAUGCAUAAAAUUACUUUUAUGUUGUAACAACUGUUUCAAGGAUAAAGUUUAAACAUUUUCAUUAGAUUAUCUCGAUAAAAUAUCCACAUGCUUGUCGCUUGACAACUGAAGUAACGUAAAUUAGUACCCUUUAAUUCAGAUCAUAUUUUCCAUCAUUUAUCCUUUGGAUUUUUC